CUAGAGUGAAAAUUUUAUGGCCAGAGAUAGAUUGCCUGUACAAUUUGGUAAAGAGGCAUAAUUUUGGACCCAAUCGGAAAUAAAUAAUACGAAUACUCACACGAAUAGUAUAAUUAAGGCAUACAUAUUUGAAAUUUGACAAUGAAAAGCAAUCGUUGAAUUUUGGAAAUAUCUUAGCCCAUGCUGUUAUUGUUUCUAUAUCCUCACGAUCAAUCACCGUUUUUAUAGAUUCAAGGUGAAAAAUUUACAAAUUUAAUAAUCGGAAUUCCCCUCUUGACAUCUUAUCUGUUUCGGCAAUUGGUUCUAUCCUUUGGUCACGUUUUGCAGGUAAUCUGUAUUCAUAUAGAUAUUUAUUGGUGAAAACAUUUGAAACAUGGAUCCAGAGCAGACGUUUAUACGGGUUCAAGAGCGUUUCUCAGAGAUGCUAUCGCCCAAAAUCAGAGUCACGCUUGAGUAUUUAUUUCUUUUCUUGGCCAUCACCCUCUUCUGUAUUCUCGUUGUUAUGCACGCCAAUUAUGUUCAACAGCCUGGUUGUUCGAGUGAGCUUUCUGAAGCGGAAAUGUCUGAGGCCCAGCUUAUUCAGAUCAAGAUUACUAGCGCUGGCUUGUGGUCACAAAAUGAUCCCCGGUAUGAUGCAACAGAUGCUCAUAAAAGAGAAGCUGGAAAUGCAAUUUCAAAGGCAACAAAUAAGGAUGGAGAUGGAUUACCUCUUUUUGGGAAAAAAUCGUGGUUGACUUGGAUAUCUUCUGGUGCAAGGAGGUGGAAAUCUCCAUUAAAAUUCUCUAGCACUGAAAAUGAUGUUCUGGAAUCUCAAGAAGAGGCUUGUGUCAGUAGUGAAAGCUGUAAGGCAGCAGCUGAUGUUGUGGUGUUGAAAACCAAUAAAGAUGGAUCGCGUGGCAGGUUCUUUAUCUCACCCAAGGAGUCACUCAAGGCAGCAAUAGUUCAUAUUUUUAGAAAGUGGCAUGGGCGUAUAUUUUUCAUUUGGAGAUUGGCAAAACGAAUUCUUGGGGGAUUAUGGGAUAUUGCUGGAAUUAAUUUGAAUUUUGAUAUUCCCAAGUGGAUAAAGAUUUUGCAUUUGGACAGGCUGAACUCCUAUGCCGGUAAAUUUUUUAUCCUCUUACAAUAUUCUCUUUGUAGGUGGCAGCAGCUGCUGAUAAACAGGCUCGUAGGGUACGAUACUAUUCUGAUGAAUAGUUUGUUGAAUUCUCCUGGUCAAGGUUAUCUUUAUAACUACCAAACAAAGGAGUUCUACAAUCUUACUUAUGCUCACGAGCAACCUGAAAGUUAUGCAAAAUUUGGAGACUAUCUUGUGACCAAGUGUGGUGUGCUGAUGAUGUCACUUUUUGUUUUCUUCACAACCACGAUGUCAGUUUCAUUUACAUUGAGAGAGACACAAACUCGUAUGCUAAAGUUUACAGUGCAGCUCCAGCAUCAUGCUCGGCAUAGGCUUCCAACAUUUCAAUUGAUCUUUGUGCAUGUAAUCGAGUCCCUUGUAUUCGUACCGAUUAUGAUUGGCAUCCUGUUUUUCCUCUUCGAGUUUUAUGACGAUCAGUUAUUGGCUUUCAUGGUUUUAAUUCUUGUCUGGCUCUGCGAGUUGUUCACACUCAGCAGUGUUCGCACGCCAAUAUCUAUGAAGUUCUUUCCCCGCUUCUUUCUUCUCUACUUUCUGGUGUUUCACAUAUAUUUCUUUUCGUAUACUCAUGGUUUUUCUUAUUUAGCUCUCUCUGCUGCUGCAGCAUUUAUGCAGCACCUUAUCCUCUAUUUUUGGAACCGUUUUGAGGUCCCGGCUCUGCAGAGGUUUAUGCAAAAUCGAAGGUCACAUUUUCAGCAACAUCCUGACUUUCACAUUACCUCCUCAACUAUUCUCGCCUCAACAUUACACAUUACAAGAUUAAAUACGAGAAACCCUGGGCUUCUUAACACAGAUUUGGCUUCAGGACCUGCAAUUCGAACUGGAACCAAUACAGGAAUGCCAAGAAAUGGUGCAACUGCAUUCCCUGGUCCUCAAGAACAACCUAGUAACGACAAUCCAGAGAGGUUAGGGAAUCCUCUUGAAAUUGGGGGACAGCCUGCCCUCCGUCAGCCAGAGAAUGGGAGCAACCCAGGGGCUAUGAACUCGUUUAGUUCCCUGUUACUAUGGAUCCUGGGGGGAGCUUCUUCAGAAAGUCUCAACUCAUUUCUGUCAAUGUUUAGAGAUCUUAGAGAGCACGGACAAGUUUACACAGAACCUCCGAGGCAAGAAAAUCGUACAGAACCUCAUGAUGAAUGAUGCAGCAUGAAGUUUGGAUAAAUUAUGUAUUCUGUUUUUUGUAAAUACAACACAGAGCUUAGAAGCUGUAGCUUUUGAAGGCAGAAGGUUUUAAUCUUUACAGGUAAUUGUACUCAUUUUAAACCUUUAUACUGCAGCAAGCGACUCGGAUGAGAAGAAGGAACAUGGGUUCACCUAUUGAGCAGAGAGAAAUCUACCCAUUCCAAGAGUUGUUCACUAUCGUAAUGCCAAUGUACGCUAGAAGUGGAUGGGUAAUUUUGAGUAAAAAACGGUGAACCUUAUAUGGCGUGUAAAUCAGGUGAAUUGAAAUAGAGAAUGCUUCCUGUAAGUCAAUAUAUUGUCAAGUGCACAUCAAUCUUGAUAGUUCAUUGAAAUCCUUAUUUUCUGUAGCUGUUGAUUUGAUUUAUCACUUUGAAUUUGUGCUUGUUUAUCA